AUGAAGGAAAAUACUGAUCCUGUGCAACAGAUAAUACUCUCCUUGACGGUGAAAAUAAACAUGGAGGAUGUGAUUAAGUCACUGUGUGAAAGUCACGUCAUAGAGAUGGAAAAAAGAGAAGUAGGAAAUGUAUGUGGGCUAAAACUGAUGCCUACACCUGUGCUACACAAAUCAUUCACAGUUCAAGGUGUGAGUGGUGUAGAUCACAUUUCCUUUUUUACACCAGACAGAGUCUGGAUAAGCGAUUCGGAAAACAAUCUCAUCUUGACAAACAAAGAAGGUGGCAGAUUUCAUCAUCUAAGAGAUGUUAGAAAGCAUAAUUACGGAGUGCACACAAUGAAUACUACCGGUGAUCUUAUUUAUAGAGACAGGGAAGAUAACAUAAUCAAAUUAUCUAAAGAUAACAAUACAAAGUCAACACUGAUAGAGAAACCAGAACUAUUCAUACCAAUCUGUGUUUACUGCUCCCGCUCCAAUGCCGAUAUUUUAGUCGGGAUGAUUGAAUCUGAUACUUUGAGUGAAGGUAAGGUAAACCGAUAUAAUAGCAUAGGACAAUACUUACAAACAAUAAAACACGACAACAUAGGUCAGAAACUGUAUAGCUUUCCAAGAUACAUUACAGAAAACCACAAUAGAGAUGUUAUCGUAUCUGACACAAGGCUUGGUGUAGUGGUGACGGAUCAUACAGGAAGACAUCGAUUCACCUACAAAGGACCUCUACCAGCAAAAGAACUGCAACCACGUGGAAUCUGUACAGAUGCAUUGUCAUAUAUUCUGGUGUGUGAUGAUAAAACUAACACAAUACAUAAGCUUAACAAGGACGGUCAAUUGAUGUCAUUGAUUCCGGCACAUCGACAAGGGAUACGUAGACCACGGGGCCUGGGAUAUGAUUACAAGGCUCAUCUUCUCUGGGUUGGAUCAUCGGACAACAACGAAGUGUGCAUGUACAGAUACAUAAAAAGAGAAAACGAUCCAGGUGAAAAGGUAUAA